AUGGCAGGGUUUUUAACGGUGAUUUUAGGGCUGCUAUGGUUUAUUCAGUGCAGUUUUGGUGCGGACAUGACAUCGUUCUUUUCGAUUAAUGCAGAAAGAUACGUUGAUGCAGUUAAAACUGAGAAGGUGAGCUCAUUGAAAGAGCUGUUAGAGAUGAGCCGUGCUGAGGAGCCAUUGAUUGUUUUACAGUUUGAUAAAUUUGACUUGGUGAAUGCGUUUGAUGAGAAGCACGAGGGGACGUAUCCAUUUAUCUCUAGUUUGUUGAAGAGCAGUCUGGAUACGUUUUUGGAGGAGAAGGGGCUGCCAGACGGCCAGAAGGGGUACAAUGGGGCGCGUGUGUUGAAGGUUGGGGAGAUUCCGGCUUCAGCAGGCGAAGAAUUGCGUCACAGAUUCAAGAAAUCUGACAAUGCGGUUGUUGUUGAGUUUACGAAGGAAAGAUACGACGUUGCUGAACUAGACGACUAUUUGGAGACAUUGUAUGCAUUCAUGGAGAAUUCUUUGAAGAACGUGGAUAAUAUAGUUCUAAGGGUGCCUAAGUCGGGCAACAGCGGUGCCGAUAUUGAGAAGAUAGAAGAAUUGAGGGAACCGGAAAAGUCAGGUGAACCUGGUGAUGGUGAUGACAACGACGACGACGAUUCUUUGAGUUCCUUGUGGACCGAGGGAUUGCUAAGUUGUCUAUUAGUGUCUUUGUUGCUAAUUGCAAUUCUAGUGGUGGCAAUCUCCUGGAUCGCCUCCCUCGACAUAUCAUAUGGUGCGCUAGAAAAGUCUGCCAAUCCAUUAAAGAAGAAUAACUAA